AUGUUAAGAUGGUCCCUCGAGCUUUCGGAAUUCGACGUACAGUAUGAGAGCAGGAAGGCGUUAAAAGCUCAGGCGCUGGCGGACUUCGUAGCCGAAAUGACUUCUAUCACCGACUCACCCUACGCAACUAAAGACAAGUGGACCAUCUACGUAGAUGGCGCCUCAAGCAGCUCGGGCAGCGGGGCUGGCAUUAUCUUGGAAAACGGCGAGGGUCUUAUCAUAGAAGUAUCCUUAGUCCUCUCCUUCAACACGUCAAACAACCAGGCCGAAUAUGAAGCCCUCCUCGCUGGACUGCGACUCGCCGAGGACAUAGGAGCACGAGAGGUCAAGAUCUACACUGAUUCCCAACUCGUCGCAUCCCAUAUCAGCGGCGAGUACCAAGCCAAAAACGACGUACUCGCCGAAUAUCUCACGCUCGUGAAAAAUAAGAUGAAAAAAUUCGCAAAGCGGAAGUUGAGCAUAUCCCCCGAGAACACAAUUCGCGCGCCGACAUACUGUCCAAACUUGCGAGCACGAGAAAGAAAGGGGGAAACAAAUCGGUUAUCCAAGAAAUUCUGCCCAGGCCAAGUGUAG